AAGUAGGAGCGCCCAGCUAGGCGACCCUUCCAGGGAGGAAGAGCUUUCAGUGGGGCUGGAGUGGCCUGUCAGUGUGGACAGAAGUCCUUCUUUGGAAGGGUACCUGCGAGGAGCCACAACCUUGGCCUUGGGGCAGCAGCCCCUUCUUCAAUGAGGCAAACGCUCCCCAACCUGUUGUUACUUGCUCUCUUUGUUUAUUGACUUUUCCAUUUCCAAAGCUCCUUCGAACUAUGCGCUGGUUUGCUCAAAUGUCCCCGCUGUGUCGGCUUUGUUUUCAGCCCAAAGGCUCAAUGCUAGGAUGGAAGAUGGCGACAAACUUUAGACAUGCUGACUGUUGUUCAGUAGGCCAACAAACUUGACUUUAGUGGGGCUUGGUGCGGGGAGGGGACACCCAGCCUACCACUUCAGUGUCUGGGACAAGAAGCAUUGCCUUCUCUACCCAUGAACUCUAAAUAACUGCCCAUUAUUUUUGUUUAAUAAACUUGCAUAUCUCCUUUAAAAAAAAGUUACUGCUAUUUAGAGAAAAUCCACAAACCACAUCUCGCUUAAACAAAAGGAGAACCAAGACUACUUGAGUUCUUAGUGCAAUGAUUGUUAGCAGUUGUCUGGGGGAAGGUUUUUUUUUUAAAAAAAGCUAAAACCUUUGAAGCCAUUGAGUGUAACUGCAAAAUUAAUUCUUUGUUUUACUCCCAUACUAUUUACAUGAUGAUUGCAGCAAUGAGUCUUGUGGCUCCCUUCAAGACUUAAUAAACAUGAUCGAAUUCCAUUACCUAGGAAUAUGAUUGAAAACAGCAUGUUUGAAGAAGAACCUGAUGUGGUUGACCUGGCUAAAGAGCCCACCUUGCAUCCCUUGGAGCCUGACGAAGUGGAGUAUGAGCCAAGGAGUUCUCGGCUCCUUGUCCGUGGUCUUGGAGAUCAUGAAAUGGAUGAGGAUGAAGAGGACUAUGAAUCGUCAGCCAAACUUCUGGGAAUGUCUUUUAUGAAUAGAAGCACAGGCCUGCGCGGUAACACAGUGGGCUACAGGCAGAGUUCAGACGGAUCGUGUUCUGCACCAUCUGUAAGGACCACAGUGAUUUGUGCUGUUGUUCUUGUGAUUGCUGUCUCCGUAAUAAUGGCAAUCUACCUUCUUCCCAAAUGUACCUUUACCAAAGAAGGCUGUCAUAAGCAAAACCACACAAUAGACAAUAUAUAUCCUUUGGCAACAAACGGAAAGCCCUUUCCAUGGGCAAAUUUUAGGCUACCAAGUGCUGUUGUGCCAGUACAUUAUGAUAUUGUCUUGCAGCCAAACUUAACCACUAUGAAGUUUUGGGGUUCAGUCCAGAUAACUGUGAAAGUCCUCCAGGCGACUUGGCAUAUCAUCCUUCACAGCUCAAAACUUAACAUUACCAAGGUAACUCUUUCUUCAUCAGGCUCAAGCCAGCCAAAGCAAGCCGAGCUUCGGGAAUAUCCACUGAAUGAUCAGAUUGCAAUUUUUGCCCCCGAGGCUCUCCAUGUAGGACAACAAUAUAACAUCAACAUGGAGUAUUUCUCUAAUUUAUCAGAAAGUUACUCUGGCUUUUACCGAAUCGCUUAUAACAAUGACAACAGAAAUUCAACAAAAAGGUGGCUUGCAGCAACCCAGUUUGAACCCUUGUCAGCAAGGUCAGCUUUUCCAUGCUUUGAUGAACCAGCAUUCAAAGCCACUUUCCAAGUCUCCGUCAAGAGAGAUAGUCAGCAUUCUGCUUUGUCAAAUAUGCCAAAGAAAGCAACCAAAUCUCUGGCAGAUGGAUUGGUUCAAGAUGAGUUCUAUCCAAGUGUGAAAAUGAGCACUUACCUAGUAGCUAUCAUCGUUGGAAACUUGGCAAAUUGCACUAAGGAAACAAAAGGGAUUCAGGUAUCUGUCUAUUCUGUGCCACAAAAGUUGAACCAUACUGAAUAUGCCUUAGACACAGCAGUGAAGCUCCUCGAGUUUUAUCAGAAGUAUUUUAAUAUAACAUACCCGCUUCAAAAAUUAGACUUGGUAGCUCUUCCUGACUUUGAGGCUGGAGCAAUGGAAAACUGGGGUUUGAUCACUUUUCGAGAGACAACACUCCUUCACGAUGACACAACAUCUUCAGCCAUGGAUAAAAAGAGAGUAACAAGAGUGAUUGCUCAUGAGCUGGCACACCAGUGGUUUGGCAAUCUGGUAACUAUGGAAUGGUGGAACGACCUGUGGCUGAAUGAAGGAUUUGCCACUUUUAUGGAAAACUUUGCCUUGAAGAAAGCCUUCCCAGAAUUAUAUACUGAUUACUCUUUUCCAAAUCUGCAAUUCAAGACAAUGGAGAAAGAUUCAAUGAAUUCAUCUCAUCCCAUCUCCCUUGCCGUCCAGUCGUCGGAGGAGAUCGAGCAAAUGUUUGAUGCCGUCUCCUAUAUCAAGGGAGCUUCUCUCUUGUCCAUGUUGAAAAACUAUCUCCACAGUGAUGUCUUCCAAGCUAGUAUUCAGUUAUAUCUGCAUGACCACAGCUAUGGGUCCACCCAAAGUGAUGACUUGUGGGAUAGCAUGAAUCAGGUGAUAAAUGACACCCGUGUUGAUAUUAAAAAAAUCAUGAAGACCUGGACUCUCCAGAAAGGAUUUCCUUUGGUGACUGUCAAAAGAGAAGGCAAACAGAUCCAUCUGCAGCAGGAGCCAUUUGUGCACAAUGUGGAACUGGAAAAUCAGACCAUACCUGCCAGUUAUUUGUGGAGCAUUCCUCUUUCUUAUACCACCAGCAAUGGCACCUUGCCCUUCAGUUCUUACAAUUAUUUGCUACAGCAAAAGUCAGAUACCAUUGACCUUCCAGGUGAAACACAGUGGGUGAAAUUCAAUGUAGACUCGAAUGGUUACUAUAUUGUACAGUAUGCGGAAAACGACUGGGCUGCUCUAAUUGACCUGCUGAAGACGGAGCCCACUGCUCUGAGUUCCAGAGACAGAGCCAAUUUGAUCCAUAACAUUUUUAAUCUGGCAGGAUUAGGAAAGGUGUCUUUGGCCAAAGCCUUUGACCUGAUUGACUACCUAGUGAAAGAAAACAGCACUUCUCCAAUCACACAAGCAUUGGACCAAAUGAACCGUAUCUUCAACCUAGUUGAAAAAAGAGGAAUGCAGACCCUUUCAGCGAGAAUAUUGCAUAAGAUGUUACAACUAUUUAAAGACAAGAUUAAUCAACAGAAAUGGACAAGUGAUGGCACCCUUUCAGAACAAGAGCUGAAGUCAAGUCUGCUAACCUUCGCCUGCACCCAUAAUUUGGAAAACUGCAGCACAGAUGCUACCAAGCUAUUUAAUGAAUGGAAAGACUCCAGUGGCACAAAAAGCCUGCCAACAGAUGUUAUGAAGAUCAUAUUCACAGCCGGAGCAAAAACCGAAAGUGGCUGGAACUAUCUUUUAAGCAUGUAUGCGUAUUUGGUGUCUGAACCAGAAAAGCUCAAAAUCCUUGAAGCAUUGGCCAGUGCAGAUGAUGUUAAAAAACUGAUAUGGUUAAUGCAAACAAGCCUGGAAGGAAACACCAUCAGAUCGCAGGAUCUUCCAACUGUUAUAACAACAGCCAGUCAGAAUUUGCCUGGACACUUACUAGCAUGGGAUUUCGUUAAGGAGAACUGGGAUCGGCUUAUAAGGAAGUUUCACCGUGGAUCAUACACCAUCCAAAGUAUUGUGAUUGCGACAACUUGUCAGUUCUCAACACAAGAACAUCUGCUUGAGGUUAAAACAUUCUUCGAAUCCAAGUCGGAGGAAACUGCUCAGCUACGGUUUGUCCGAGAGGCCAUUGAGAGAAUUCAGCUGAAUAUCCAGUGGAUGGAGAAGAACUUGGAGACACUGGAGAAAUUGCUAUAGUGAUCACACCCACCAGAGUGUGUUAGCCACUUAGAAUGUGGCAGUUCUUGCUCUUUUGUGCAAAAAGGGGCGUGUGCGAAAAGGGACAGUGCAACUUGCUUUGCUCUGCGAGGGUUAGAGUUAGCUCAGGGUACAUCUCUUAAGUUGGCACUCUUUGGAGUGCUUGUAGAUGAGACAGAGAGUUGCUAAUCUAAGGGAAUGUUCGUUCAUUGACCAAACAUUCAUGCAAAACAAAGACAGUAACUUGUCAUGGAGCCUCCCUUCCAUCAUAGGAAAAUCCAGUUCUACUUUCUACAUGUUGGAUGAAAGUUGAAUAACAACAAAAGAGAGCAGCUAAACGAGAACUCUCCUGUGAUCUGCUUUCUCCCUCUGCACAGGGUGCUGUUUAAUCAGACUUCCUCAAUGUCUGUAGCUUCUUGAAUGGUAAAUACUGUACCUGCUCUGAAGCACGUUUUUUAAAAACCCGAUUAUAAGCAGCUGCUAAAACACACAAUAUGGAAGUGAAAAAACUAAAGUGAAAAUGUUGGAUUUUGGGAAGCUCUGGGUUUCGUUUUAUCAAAGUAAUUUCUAGACAAUAUGCAAAUAUCAGAAAUAAUAGAAUUAUUGGUAGAGAGCUCUUAUUUUUGUCUGCAACAUGGCUGGGGGCUACCAGUGCCACGUAGUGAACAGCUUUUUUUGCAAAUAGCUUUGUGAGGGGAGUUUUCAGUGUGCAAUUGAUCAGAGUAAAACCCCAAAGAUUUUGACUCCUAUCUCAUUAGGGUACAUAUAAAAAACCCCAGUUUCCAUUGGUGUUUUGCUGACAAUAUAGAACAGAGUGUACUGGUCGUUCUGGUUGAUUUAAUAUUUUUUUAAAACACUGAUUUGACUUAAUCUACUUCUCCCAGAGGAUCCUCAUUAAUACAUGUUGUGGAACCUUGUUAAUCUCCAAUAUUUAAGUGCUAUAGCACUCCACUUUUCUUCGUUAUAUUAGCCCAAUACAGUAAAGCUCACUUCAUUUCCUCGUAAGUUGUCCCGUGAUUUAGAAACAGCUGAUAAUAUAACUUUGAAACAAAUGAGCCAAACUAAGGGAAAUGAAGCAGCUUUGGGCUGCUAUGAAGAAAGUCGUGAUAAUUUGUUCAAGAGAAGCAUUCAGAACUUACCACGCCAUAGUUUUAUUUCACAGCACUUUCAGUGCUUAUCCCCUCUGCGUUAAUUUCACAAUAAACACAGUAAAAAAGUGGCUUUUUCAAAUAGGUUGAAAUUUGCAAUGAGAUGAGAAAAAUAAUUGUAUAUAUCAAUUAAGGCAAUAAAGAUUUAAUGCUUCUGGUUCUCUAAUAGACUGAAGUAGAAAUUCAUCAAUUUCUGCUUCGCUUUCUAAAAUAGCCUCAAAACUUCUCAUCUUUACCAUGCAUUCAUUCUUUGAUUGGGAGGAGAUAAUGAUUGUCAUGAACUAUGGUUGUUGGUCAGUGCUUGAAUGGCUAUGCUUUCUCCCCUCUUUCUGGCCCGUUGUCUACUCCUGCAACUUCACCCCUUUCAAAAAACCCAACAACUUCAUAUAAUAGUACUGAUGGUCAAGAUUUUUUUUGCUUCCCUUUUUAUUUAAGGGCAGGGAGUCCCUUGAGGCUGUCCUCUAUUUAUAUAUAGAUGCGCUUGCUACUGGAAAUGUGAAUUGUACUUGAAAAUAUAGUGCACCUGCCUCCUAGAAUUAAGACUGUAUUGUUUAAAUUAAAGCGCUGUUGGAUUAAGAGUAUUUUUCAAUUAUUUAUUUUUUAAAUAAUGGAUUUUGGAAUGUGUGACAUUUUCUGUUUAAACAAUAUUAAUCAAAUCAAACCUAGGAUUCAGUCUGUAGGUGAAGCUAUAAAACCUCGUCACUCUUCCAGAAAAUACUAGUGAGAUCAAGCUUUAAUGCCAACUGCUGGGUACCAUAAUUCUUCACUGCAAACUGGAGGGAUUAGAAUCUUCCCCGCAUUUUAUUUUUUAUUUUUUUGUAAAUUCAAGCUGUAAGUGGCAGCUCACAGGUAUUGUAUCUUGUUUUAACCUAAUCUUAACCUGUUUUGUGGUAUCUCUUUCAGGAGAAAAAUGCACUGUAGUAAUAGAAUAUAUAUUUUCACCAGUUGAAUUAUAUGUGGAAUUAAAGAGUUUUCUACUGUGUUUAAGAGAAAUCUAGGGCUGAUGUCUAGUUUGAGUGUAUUCCUUUAAAGUAAAUUUUCUGUUCUGUUAAAGUAAUUGACUUCGAAUUGUGCUUGAGAUUUGUUUUUUUAAAGAUUGUUUUUCUAAAAGCAAUCACCUUGGUGUAGAAAUAUAGUUUAGAAAUUUGAAAGCUGUGUGCCCCCCCCCCCGCUUGUUAAUCCAAUACUGAAUUUUAAUUUUAAGCUUUUCUUUGAGGAUCUUGUAUGAAAAGAAUCUGAAUGGUAUCGAUCUUGGUUGUGCUUUUAAAUCAAAUUGUAAUGAUUCAUGUGCCUUAGAGUAUAUUGUAAUGAUUGCACAAGGAAUAUGUUAAUGAUAUAUAAAAGGAUGUCUGUUUAUUUAAAAACCCUCCAUUCACAAUAUUUUACAGCUAUAGAAAUGUGUCAUUAUAUGCAUACUCGGUGAUAGGAAAACUGCAUUCAGAAGUACUUUUUGGUUCUUUUGAGACUGGGAGUCAAGGAACAUAAUUCACAUUUCUGUGGUGCGCCACAGAGCUUUUACACCAUGCAGUGAAUUGCCUGUUCUCUUCAGUGUUGGGAAAUGUGUUGUGCACAUGACACUGGAAACAUAGAAGUAUGCUUUUUUGCUAUGUAUGCAUCCAAGCCAUGGAUUUGGGGGAUUGUAGCAAAACAGGCUUCCAUCCAAAUUGUCUGGCUUAGCCAAUUUAUAGGUAGCACCUCCAUCUGUUUUGUCGUCACACAAUUUCAGCACAACUUCAGUGUUCCAUAGUUAGACUUAUUGCCCCCCCACCCCCGGUAAACAUUAUCCAGCUAUUUAAAGAUAAAUACACGCAUAGAAACAUGUAUCUACCAUGUAUGUACCACACACCUAAUGUUCACAAAUAGUUUUCUUCUGUACAUCUUCUUUAAAUGAAAACCAGGUGCCCAUUGUUCCAGUCAUGUUCACCCAUUUAGUGUGAUUUCUUAUAAACAUACAGCUAUAUUCACCCAGGUUCCUCUUUCAGAUUUUGGGAGUUGAGGUUAGCAGAGCAUGCAAUGUUGUGAAAGGGCUUCCAACCACAGUCCUCCUCAGCCCUCCAUGAGUUUAAUGAAAGCAGGAUGGGAGUUGUGUGUGGAAAAGCUUAAGACUAAAUUACUUAGAUUACCAACUGGUGACAGCCAUUUAUCAGCUUUUUUUGUGUGGUGAGGUGAAUGGUACAAAAAAGUCCCCUCUCUCCUACUACCUUCGGAUUGCGGCUUCCACAUGUCACCAGGCUCAAACAUUAAGAUUUUAUCGUGCAGAAUUGUACCCUCAGAAACAAAGGGGAAAUGUGUGGUGCUUAUAAACAAGUUUUGAUGUAAUAUCUAAAAAAACAUUUUGUGUUUUGAGCUCCUGUGCAAACUUCAGGUAAUUCUGGAAAAUGCUGCAUGAAUAUCCGUUCACACUUAAAGCUUCUGAAUGGGUGGAGAACUUUGGAGGGGAAAGAUGAAGCUAGCAUUGUGCUGCAUUCUUCAGAAUUCCCUGAAGCGGUCACAGUAGCUUGAAACACACCAAAUGUUCAUAGAGAAAUCUACAUUAAAGUUGUUUAUAAAUGCCUUUGAAACCCCCCCCCCCCCCCGUCUGUGUGUCUUUAUCGUUAGAUACAAUUCAGGAAAGGAGAGAGAGACACAGAAUAUAGGAUAUCCGAAAUCUCUAGCUAAAGCAGUGGUACAUAGUCUCUCAGAAGCAUCAAGCUGCUUAUAUUUGCAGAAUCAGCUUGGCUGAAGUUAAUCUCACAAAGCUGCUGCAUAUACCUGCAUUUUAACUGUAAAAUCUGGAUCCUUCUAGCUAUGUGAGUGAGGGGUGGGAAUGUAGGGAUGGAUAUAGCAGGUUUGUAAUGGAUCCUGUUGCUUUAAAAAGUUGCCCCCUCCAUUACAUCUUGCCAUAUGUGAAAUCAGGCAUGCAUUUUGUAAGGAUAAUACUCCUAAGGAAUGUGGCCUUAAUUUUUCCUUACUAGCACCAUGCUACAGGAUGCUGACCUUUGAGCUGAUUUUGUAUUUAUAUUGCUAUGUAUCUUUCACCUGUUCUCCAUUAGAACAUUCCUCCUCCUGAUAGAUUGGCUUUCUUAAAUCUCUUCUGGAAGAUGUUAUCUUUCAUUGCACUCUGAAAUUUAAAAGGUUGCCUCAUUUAAGUGUAUGCUUUGUAUGCAUUUCAUGAACUGAAGCUCCAGUGAAUUUUUAGAUACAUGUUCCUUAAUUUCAGUUUCAAAGGCUUUGCUUAGAUGCAUAGAAUUAUCCCCCUUCCGCCCCCAUGCACACACUUUUUUUAAACACGUGGGUAAACUCUGCUUUGCUAUGAUGCUCCUAAAUGUUUACAAUGUUUUCUCCUUUGUUUAAUGAAAUGUUUAAAGUUCUAGCCACCUUUUAAAAAAUAUUUUUUUGCCAUAUUAAGUUCUCAGGUUUUAGCCUUUAAUAACUUAAACCUCCUAGAAUUGCUGUGUUACUUAAACCUGCUGUUUUGUAGUAGAAAUUCAGAUCUUUACACAUGACAACAUCUCUUUGAUCAAAAGCAAUGGUCUGGCAUCUUUUUUAAGUUAGUCAUGGCACCAUGUAGCAAAUUACUGUAAAAAUCUAAAAUAGUUACCUUUUUAAAAUUUGAAUGAAUGAUGGAGUCUGAAGUCUUUUAAUUUGCAAAGGCUUCAGAAAAAGAGAGAGUGGAUUUGAGAGUAAAUUUGCACCAGAUCCGUAGUUAUAUUGAUAACAAGAAGUUGGCUUUAAUAAUGGUAACAUCAAAGUAUUUCUGGAAUAUCAGCUGCAACAGGAAUUUUUUUGAACCUUGCGUAUCAAAAGAGUAAGAGCCAAGUUGUACAAUAUUACUUUGAGGAGACGGAUUUUGGAAAAUGGUGUGCAUAUGUACAUGUAUAAGCGUUAUAUGCAAAUUUUUGGUUUUCCUUAAUUUGUAAAGGAGAAAUAAAGCCUAUUUUCUUAUAUUUCAAAUAAAAAUGGUGUGCAUAUAAUGAGCACUGAUUGAAGGGCA